UGCCACAUACAAUAUGUGCAUAUACACACUAAAAAAGAACAAAGGUUUUCCAAAAUUUUCACUCGCUAGUGACAUUUCACGAAUUUACUAAAAGUUUUACAACACAAUAACUUAAAAAAAACCAUAAAAAAAUGGACAACCGAAUGAGGCCUCUUAAAGAACUGUUGCGAGAGUUGAUUGCGACAAUGCCGCGUGAUGAUGAUGAUACAGACAACAUCAAUCCCGAACACAUAACCAUGUUGGAGGGGGGCGGUUGCAGAGCUAACAGAAGAGAUGUCUGGCGUCCAGCUGGGCGUUCAGCUGGUCGCAAAACUAGCCGUAAAGUUACGCGUCCAGCUCGGCGUCCACCUAGCUUGCUGCCACGAGAAGAAUUUUGCAAACUAGGCUUACACACAUUACCCAGAAAAGCCAUAACAUUUCAGGAAGCAAUAAAAAUACAUUACUUGUGGCGUGAUUAUGUGCGUGAAUCGCUGGGUUUACGUCCGGGUGAUUUGAUACCGUCAGUUUCUGAUAAAUCUUACGACCCCCUCAACAAAGUGUUAAUGAGAACGGAUCUACAUGGUGCGAAGAUUGAAGUAAUGGAAUCGAAAUGCGAAACAUUAAAGGGCAUGAUUGGUGUUGUUGUGUUGGAUACGAAAAACACAUUUACACUUGUUGGCAUGGAUGAUCGUAUCAGAACGGUGCCGAAGGCUGAUAGCGUCUUUUGCAUUUACUUGGGAAAUAUACAGAUUUCAUUUUACGGCAAAUCAAUUAUGAUACGUCCCGCAGAGCGCAGUGUCAAGAAGGUGAAGAACUUCAUUGAACCGUUUGAUGUGGAAUAAGAAUUGAAAUGUGUUCAAUUUAAGCGGUCAACUGAACUGAUAGUACAAAAUGCAUAUAUACAAAUGAAGUAAUAUAUAUGUAUGAUCUUUAUAAUUUGACAUUUGCUUUGUGGCAUUAAUACUGUCAAUACUAGCUAGUGUAAGAUUUUUUUUUAUAAACUUGUACCGCUUUAAUCUAUAUCUAAUAUUUUUUCAUAAUUUACAAUUUUUCACAAAUACUAAAUAUUAGUAACUAAGUCAAUAUGUAUUCACUUUCAAUAAUAAAAAUCAAAAUCAAUCAUUAA